CGUGUUUGACUUGGGGGGUGGGGGGAGGGGGGCGCCUGUCGAACAUUUUAGACUUUGAAAGUUCCUGUCAAGUAGUUUUGGUUGCCGCGCGUGACGUUAAUCCGCUUAGGACCUGUGACGUAGCCAUGAGGUUUUUAUAGAGCCAGUUCUGUCUUUGACUUUGAAGAAGUGUUUGAACGGGACCAACUUGUGUGAACGCUCGUGAGAAAGGCUAACAGAACUAAAGCUAACGUGGCUAAGUGCGAGAACUCUGGAGAUCCUGACUUCACUAGUGUCGGGUCGUCUUCUGGCUUGCUUCGUCUGGUCCACCUGAGAGAAGAUGGAGGUUCUCGUCAGCAGCUAGCACGGUCAAAAAAACGGAAGUGAGAGAGAGGUCACGAUGGCCUCUGCCGAGCCGACGGUCAACUUUAACGUCCUUCACCGGACUUGCAAGCUCGUCGUUCUGCUCUGCUUCCUGCACAUCUCUGUCACCGUCUUCUUCUACGUCCGCUCUCUGGACAUUCGCUUCUCCUUCGUCCAGAACCAGCAGACCCGCGCCGGCAUCACGGGACCCAUUGGCACCACAGGAAGCACCGAGGCCGCCAAGCCGCCCCUGGAAGCCAAAGCAGCCGCAGAACCAGAUGAGCUUGCGGCAGGCAAAAGCUUGAAGAAAUGUCCACAGACUUCACCCCUCCUCGUGGGUCCUCUGCGGGUGGAGUUUAACAUUCCGGUGAGCCUGGACGAGGUGGAGAAGACCAACCCCAACGUGGGGCCGGGUGGCCGCUACAAGCCCAAGGACUGUGUGGCGCUGCAGAAGGUGGCCAUCAUCAUCCCCUUCCGCAAACGAGACGAGCACCUCAAGUUCUGGCUCUACUACUUGCACCCCAUCCUGCAGCGCCAGCAGCUGGACUACGGCGUCUACGUCAUCAACCAGGAUGGCGAUGAGAUCUUCAACCGGGCCAAACUGUUGAACGUGGGCUACGCCGAGGCCAUGAAGGAGUACGACUACGACUGUUUUAUCUUCAGUGACGUAGACUUAAUCCCCAUGGACGACCGCAACAUCUACAAGUGCUUCAGCCAGCCCCGACACUUGUCCGUGUCCAUGGACAAGUUCGGCUUCAGGUUGCCGUACAAUCAGUACUUUGGUGGCGUGUCGUCCAUGAUGAAGGGGCAGUACCUGAGCAUCAACGGCUUCCCCAACAAUUACUGGGGCUGGGGGGGUGAGGACGACGACAUCUACAACAGGCUGGCGUCCAAAGGGAUGACCAUCUCCAGGCCCAGCGGCGAUGUGGGUAAAUGUCGCAUGAUCCGCCACGAGAGAGACAAACAGAACGAACCCAACCCUCAGCGGUUCGACCGCAUCGCUCACACCCGGGACACGAUGAACAAGGAUGGCAUCAAGUCUCUGUCCUACAAGGUGGUUUCCAAGGAAAGAUUGGCGCUUUACACCAAGAUCACGGUUGACAUCGGAAAACCGUGACGAGCAGCCGGCUGUGCGUUCACCCUGGCUGCUUUUUGCUAUGCUGGACUUUGCUUUUCUCAGCUUUUUUUCAUUACUGGUUCCCCUCAAUCAAUCAAUCAAUCAAUCUUUGACCUUGUUUUUGUAUUUUGCUGUUUUUUUGUUUUUUUUUAAGUCAUCUCAAAUUGGAUCCUGCGUUGAUCAGCUUUAAUCACGCCGAUGUGCGUGCGCGUGUGUGUGUUGGAUGUCUUUUGAUAAUCCUGGUGAGAAACGUUGAUUAGUCUUGAUGUGUUUGC